AAAAACGCUGCCUGUGACGUAAAAAUCGUCACGUAGUAUAAAAGCUAAGUCCGUCCUCUUCGAGCUCAUUCCUGGAUUUAGUCAAAGGUAUGAAUUUGCUUUGCCGAAGACUGAACCGUCGAGGACUUUGAACAACUCUACUCAAAUUCAUAUUUUUUUCUUCAAGUAAUGGACAUUUGAUUACUAUUUUUGCCUCCAGUUUGUUCCUGAAGGAAAGGCUAGCCUUUAGCUACCACAGCCCCACCCAUAAGAAGUUUUUCAGUUGAUAUUAAAACCAUGAAGGUUGACGAUAUAAAAUUAAUGAAAUAAGAGAUAUAAGUGCCUGAAAAGCACACUAUAAAAUACCCGAGACGCUGAGGACCUAUAUUAUCAAUAAUAUGGCAGGGGGACCUGUGGACCCCAGAGAGAUUUUGAAGGGAGUGGAGGCUCUCUUAGGGAAGGAUGGAGAGCUCCGCAGCCUGGAGGGAGUCCCAAAGGUGUUCAGCCUGAUGAAAGCUUCUACCAAGAUGGUCAGUAGAUGUAUGUACCUGAACAUCCUAUUGCAAACAAAAUCCCACGACGUUCUUAACAGGUUUAUCAGAGUUGGUGGCUACAGGCUGCUCAACUCCUGGCUCACCUACUCCAAAACCACCAACAACAGCCCUCUGCUGCAGCUCAUCCUGCUCACACUGCAGAAGCUGCCUCUCAAAGUGGACCACCUUAAACAGAACAACACAGCCAAGCUGGUAAAGCAGCUGAGCAAGAGUGCAGAGACUGAAGAUUUGAGAAAGUUGGCAUCAGUGCUUGUAGAUGGCUGGAUGGCAACAAUCCGUUCCCAGAGUGUAUCGAGCAUUGGCAACUCUCCUGCUGAUAAGAAAAAGAAAAAAGAAGAGAGCAAGGUCCCGCUGCGAGAUGUGAAGGAGAAGAGUGGAGAGGAAGAGAAGAAGAAGGAGAAACCGAAAGCUCAUGCACCCAGCCAUGCAAAGAUUCGCUCCAUAGGAUUAGAGAUGGACACUCCCAACCCCGCCCCUGCUAAGAAGACCCCCACCGCCCCACAGCUGGGCGACAAGUACAACAUCAAGCCUCCAGUCCUCAAGAGGCCAAGCUCUGGUCCAUUUGAUGUUCCUCCUCAGGAGAAGAAGUACAAACCUCUAAAUACCCCCUCCAACUCUGCCAAAGAGAUCAAAGUCAAGAUCAUUCCAGCACAACCAAUGGAGUGCACAGGCUUCCUAGAUGCUCUGAACUCUGCUCCAGUGCCCGGGAUCAAAAUCAAGAAGAAGAAGCCCGGUACCAGUAGCCCUGCUAGCACCAAGGCUGUCUCCCCAACAUCUAACAAGGUGAGUCCAUUUGACAGCAAACCAUCUGCAUAUUCAUCUUCUGCUAAACCGUCAUCUCCUGAAACUGCUGCCUCCGCCACUCCUGAUGAAAACCAGGAGCCAGAGCAGCCCGGAACCCCUGUUCCCUCUGAGGACCCAGAGGCCUCUGAUAAUGGUGAGAAGCCUAAUGCUCUGGCAGAACCACGUGGAGAAGAAGAAAGCUUAACCAAAAAGGGCAAGAAGAAGAAGGCUGUUCACUGGGCUGAGGAGGAGCAGCUCAAACACUACUUCUACUUUGAUUUGGAUGAGACAGAGAGAGUCAACGUCAACAAGAUCAAGGACUUUGGUGAGGCUGCCAAACGGGAGCUGAUGAUGGACAGGCAGACAUUUGAGAUGGCCCGUCGGCUCUCCCACGACACUAUGGAAGAGAGGGUUCCUUGGACACCCCCGAGGCCCCUGACGUUAACUGGCUGCCUGGUUGCCUCCGGGUCCAACAGCACAGAGAAACUUACCCAGAGGGACCGCGAGAUGGGUAUCUUGCAGGAGAUCUUCCUCAGUAAAGAGAGUGUGCCUGACAGUCCACAUGAACCAGAUCCAGAGCCUUAUGAACCGAUGCCUCCCCGUCUCAUCCCUCUUGAUGAGGACUCAUCCAUGAUGGAUGACGGCUACGUUGAACCCAUGGACACCACAUCCCAGCAGGGCUCUGCCAUGGGCCAGAACGAGGGCUCCAAGCUGCCGCCCGUCCUGGCCAACCUCAUGGGCAACCUGAGCAACACCUCCCGCAGUCCCCAAGCCACAAACACUGUCAACAACCCUGUGGCCCCCACUGUCAACGUACAAGAGCUGCUCUCCUCCAUCAUGGGUGCUUCUGGUAACCAGUCUACUGAAGACCUAAUCAAGCAGCCCGACUUCUCAGACAAGAUCAAACAGCUGCUGGGCUCACUGCAACAGACCCAGAACCAGAACCAAGUUGGACCACCACCAGUCAACCAGGGCUUGCUGGGCCACGGUCCAGGGAUGAACAACAUGAACAACAUGAACAUGCACAUGCAGAUGCCCAUGAACGGCGGCUACCCGCCUGGCGGUCCCCGCUUCAACCAUCCCCCUCCCCCUCACAAUCAUGGACCGCCCUUCAGUGCCGGUGGAGGCCCGCGCAUGAUGGGGCCGCCGCCAGGCCAGGGCCGUGGAGACAACGGCAACUACUGGGGAGAGGACUCCAUGAGAGGAGGGCCCCACAGAGGAGGGCACUUCCAUCGAGGAGGUCGGGGCAGAGGAGGAGGAGGAGGAGGAGACCCAGGCUUCAGGGGCCGAGGUCGAGGAGGUCCCAGAGGAGGACACAACAUGAACGACAUGUCCAAGAGGCCUGUGUGUCGCCACUUCAUGAUGAAGGGAAGCUGCAGAUAUGAGAGCAACUGUGCUUUCUAUCACCCCGGCGUAAACGGACCACCACUGCCCCCCAACCACCCCGCUAACAACCAACAUAACCAGCACCCACAGCAUGGACACUGAGUGACACCUAGGAACAACUGUGUGAACUGCUGGCUUCUGGAAGAGCCAUUUCCUGUGAUCAAACCACUGCAGAGUGUUGGGACUGCUGGUAAAGACAUAUAGGAUGAGCAGGAAGUUCUAUCCUCCACUGUAAAGUGUCUGCAGUCAUUCUGCUUGAGACUGACCCACAGCAGUGAGCUCUGCGUCACCUGAGACACAGAACAAGAGGAAGAGAGGUGCUGUGAGAUGAUCACUGAUGGGACUGACUGUUUUUAUUGUGAUCAUUUUUAGUAGUGCAACUGAAUCAAAGCACCACAUUUUCCCACUAUGUCAAUAGUUGCUGCAACUAUAGCUGCCUAUCUGCCCCGUCACUUUCCACACUAUUAACACGGCUGACCAAAUGGAAGCUUCCUACUCAGCAGAAGGCUUUCCACAGAAUUCCCUUCUCAUCGUGGCUGUUGUACUUACAUCUGUGAUAUUGUUUUCAUAUUCCCUUUAGUUUUGUUAAUCCAUCAGUCAGGUUUUUAGUGCCAUGUCUUUCCCCUCGACAUGAUUCUUAAAUGAGAGACAGAAAUUUAGGAAGCACUUAGGCCACAGCAAUGAUUUAUUAAAACUGAGCCUGAACAAGAACUAGAUAGUAUUUAAACUACUUAAUUUCCUCCCAGUCGCCCCCAAAACAAAAUGACCUGAGGAAGGCCUUGCUUUUUUCUUUGCAUACAGCAGCAGGCACUGAAUGUGAAGAGAUUGUGAAGAAGCAACAACAGCAGUGUGUGUUAUCACACAUUGUGGCUCAGCAGCUCCCAGUCAGCUUGAAGUGUGUGUGUGUGUGUGUGUGUGUGUGUGCGUGCGUGCGUGCGUGUGUGUGUGUGCGUGUGGCAUGACAAUCAUGAGUGUCAAUGUGCUGUUGUGUCAGAAGAGCAAAGAGAUCUACCUGAUCUCAGAGCUGCUGUCUGUGUAUCCAGAAGGGUCGUCAGUGUUUAAGAGUCAGGUGAAUGCUGAAGCGCUCUGUGGGUUAGAUAUAUCCAGUGUUUUCUGUGAAAACAAUGACCUUUGUGUCUCUUGUGGGACUGUAAGAAUGUAAUGUUUUUUGUUGCUCCCUCCAUGUUUUUUUUAAUUUGAUACAAUGUUGAGAACGGUGUUUCUUUUUAAGACAGGUUCAGUUUUUUGUCCGUAUGAAAUGUUUUUUCAGUUGAGUUCUUUUGUACACAGUGUAUUGAAUAAAUGUCAGAAUAUGAAUGUUU